UCCAGAUCACCUGGAUCUGACGGUAGGUCCCUCUGCACACCUGUGAGCGGCGACCACCUCGAGGCCAGAAGGCGGGUAGCUGUGAAACGUGGGGCGGCCGCGCGUGGGUUGAGCUCGGGCCGAGACAGCUGUGAGCCGGACGGCGCCGCAGGUGCGGCUCAUUGGCGCCCGCGCAGGAGUGAAGAGCGCGGCGGGCGCUCCGUGGGGCUCGCUGCUGUCGCCGCUUUCCGCAGCUGCGGCGGAGGAAGCGGGGCGGAGUCCCGGCGCGUGGGGGCCAUGCGGGCGCUGGCCGGGGCGGGUCUGCUGCUGUUGCUCGCCGUCGGCCUCCCCCAAGGCCUAGGUGAGCCCGGACCCCGGACCCUGGGCGCCGAGGCUGCGGCCCAGGGCUGAGUGCUGGCGAGGGAGAGAGACUUCCUUACUCCCUCGGCCACGGAGAGGGAAGGGUGAGGGGCCGGUACAGGCCCAGAAGUUCCCAAAGACCGGCCUGCGCCAGGUUUUCUUUUGGAAAUUCUUUGGAUUCUGGAGUUCCAGGCUUUAGGCACUUAUGCUAAGGCGCCUUCUCCACGGAACAAUCGCCAAUUAGAAGUAGCUUAAAGCCAAAUGUCUCUUUUCUGAGUAACAAAUGGUGUUCUAUGACCACCUAAUUUACGUAAUGCUCACCCUCCCAGAGUAACCCCCAAAUCGAUCCCCAGAGGGAAAGCGAGCUCAUCCUAUUUCCCCCCCCCCCCCCCCCCCCCCGCCAAGCCCCCGGGGACUCCCUAAGGCAGCUCAGGCUAUAAAGAGGCAGGGGAGUCCUGAGGCAAGUUCUAGUCAACAUGGGGUAAUUGUGGGAUAGUCUUGGGAGUAUCUUGAGAAAAAAAGAGGGAUAGUCUGCUGCUUGGUGAUAUCAGAACAUCUGUGUGAGGCCAGGAAAAUCUGAAGGUGGAGUCUUGAUCAAGGGAAUCCUGACCUGAGGUGCUCCGGGUGCGUGCCCACACACACAGGUGCUCUCUCUCACACACAGGGCUGAAGUGUGGGAUCCCUGCUGUUGAUGUCGAACGUAGGACAACUGUCUUGGAUUCUGGGUUCUUCUCUGGAAGUACUCGCUGGAGGGAUUCAGCAGUUGGUGGACAACCGUGGCAGGUCAGGAUAACCAAAGCACUGAGCUCUUGAAUGAGAAAUGCUGACGUUUUCUUCUGGUUUCCAAUAUCACAGCUCUGGUUAACAGGUCUCCCUAAAAUUAGGUGAGCACCGCUUCUGUGCAGGAAGCUUGAUCCAAGAUGAUCUGGUUGUUACAGCAGCACACUGCUUGGUUGGCCUCAAUGAGAAGCAAAUUAAGAGUCUGACUGUGACUGGGGGGCACAACCUCUUUCCAGAGGGUAAACAGGAACAGAAGAUUCCUGUUUCAAAAAUGGUUAUCCAUCCUGAGUACAACAGACUUGGAUAUAUGAGCUCUGAUAUUGCACUGCUGUAUUUGAAACACAAAGUCAAGUUUGGAACUGCUGUUCAGCCAAUCUGUCUUCCCCAUAAAGAUGAUAAAUUUGAAGCAGGGCUUCUUUGCAUGACCAGUGGAUGGUGCAAGAUUUCAGAGACAUCAGAGUAUUCAGAUGUCCUACAAGAAGUGGAGCUUCCCAUCAUGGACAACAGAACGUGUAAUUCUGUGCUGACGGGUAUGAAUUUUCCUCUCCUGGGGAGGACCAUGAUGUGUGCCAGUUUUCCUGAUGGGGAAAAGGAGGCCUGUCAGGGAGACUCUGGAAGUCCAUUUGUUUGUAGAAGAGGCAAUGGAAUCUGGGUCCUUGCUGGGAUAACUUCCCAGGGAGCUGGUUGGACUAGAGGUUGGCCUUUAAGAAAUAACCAUAGAAGGGCACCACCUGGCAUUUUCUCCAAGGUGUUUGAGUUGAUGGAUUUUAUCACUCAGAACACAUUCACAGAUUGUAGAUCUGAGAGAACAGUGUUAUUUGGAGAAAAUGGGAAGAUUCAUUACCACCAUUCCAAAGAAAGCAGCUGUUCUCAUAAUUGCUUAUGUAUGUGGAAAAUAAUGGUACCAGAAGAUAAAAUUAUCCUGAUAAAAUUUGCAAGCUUAGACAUACAAAAUCAAGUUGGUUGUGACCAUGGCUAUAUAUCUUUACAAUCAAGCAAUGGAGUGCUUAUUAGUAAGGUCUGUGGAGAUAAAUUGCCUUCACCAUUGCUGACUGAGACCAGUGAGGCCACAGUUACAUUUGUUUCUGAUCCAGAAAACGGUGGCAGCAGCUUUGAGCUUACAUUUACUGCUGUUCAGAAGAACUCAGAAGCUGGUUCAGGCUGUGGGAGUGUAGCUGUAUUGGUGGAAGAAGGGAUGAUUCACUCUGCCAGUUAUCCUGACUCAUAUCCCAUGAAUGUAAAGUGUCAUUGGUUCAUUUGUGCUCCGGAGAAACACAUUAUAAAGUUGGAAUUUGAGGACUUUAUCACUGAAUUUAGCCCAAACUGUAUUUAUGAUGCUGUUGUGAUUUAUGGUGAUCCUGAAGAGGAGCACGAGUUAGCUAAACUUUGUGGGAUCUUAAACCCUACUCCAAUAUUCAGUCCUCAUAAUAUGCUGCUGAUUCAUUUUAAAAGUGAUGGUGAAAAUAACUUCCGAGGCUUCAAGGCUAGUUUCACCUUUUUGCUCUCAGACUCUUCAAACCAAGUUGGAUCAACAUCACCUCCCCAAACCAAUCUUGUAUCUUCUGCAAAACUUAUUCCAUAUGGUAUCUGUGGCAUCCCUCCAUUUAGUCUCCAGUGGCUUUCCAGAAGAACUGUAGUGGGGGAGGAAGCCUGUCCCCACUGUUGGCCAUGGCAGGUGGGUGUGAGGUUUCAAGGCAGUCACCAGUGUGGAGGUGCCAUCCUCAACCCAACCUGGAUUCUCACUGCAGCCCAUUGUGUGCAAUCGAAAAAUAAUCCACUCUUCUGGACCAUUGUUGCUGGGGACCAUGACAGAACCCUGAAGGAAUCAACUGAGCAGGUGAGAAGGGCCAAGCACGUUGUGGUGCAUGAAGACUUUGAUAGCCGGAGCUUUGACUCUGACAUCGCCCUAAUACAACUGAGCUCUCCUCUGGCGUUCAACUCCGUCGUGAGGCCGGCGUGUCUCCCAGAAAGCACGGAGCCACUCUUUUCCUCUGAGAUCUGUGCUGUGACUGGAUGGGGAAGCAUUAGUGAAGCAGGUGGCGGCCUUGCAAGGCGCUUGCAGCAGAUUCAGGUGCUUGUGUUAGAAAGAGAGGUCUGUGAACACGCUUACCGCUCUCACCCAGGAGGGAUCACAGAGAGGAUGAUCUGUGCUGGUUUUGCAACCUCUGGAGGGAAGGAUUUCUGUCAGGGAGACUCUGGUGGGCCAUUAGUAUGUCGACAUGAUAAAGGUCCCUUUGUCCUGUAUGGUAUUGUCAGCUGGGGAGCUGGCUGUGCCCAAACAAGGAAACCAGAUGUAUUUGCCAGGGUGAGUGUCUUCUUGGACUGGAUCCAAUCCAAAAUCAAAGGUACAGGUCCUGCUUCACUUCGGAUAAAUAAUGAAAGAAAAACCUUAACAAGACAACAGUUGCCACCACCCACACCUUCAAUAGACAAUGAGUCUGGACCAGGUUGUUAUUCUGAAGUGGAGCUAGAAGAGCCCAGAGGCUUUUUUUCAACUCCAAGAUAUCCACUGGAUUAUAGAGGAAAACUGGAAUGUUCCUGGGUGCUCAGAAUUUCACCUAGCAGUAUGGCAAAAAUGACGGUUGAAUAUCUGUCACUCCCUGGGUCUCCAAUAUGUCCAGAUUCAGUUAUGACUAUUUAUGAAGAAAGCCACAGUAAGAGAAGGGUGUCAGGUGAAUUAUGUGGAAGAGGGCUUUACCCGAUGAUUUUCAUGAGCUCUGGACCACUGGUGAGGGUGACAUUUCGUUCCCUUGUGCAAGGUGCUUUGGGCAUAAGUUAUAUUGUCUUUAGAGUCCAAGGUCCAAAGGGCAGUAAAACUCCCAAACUUCUCCAAAGUUCAAACCAAGAACAUGUGGCCACUUAUGAGGAUGUUAUUCUGACUGAACCAGGAGGAAUCAUACAGAUCCCAAGAUACUCUCACAGAACCACUAUGAGUUGCCACUGGAAGUUAUUAGCCCCUUUAGAUCACAUCAUUCGCCUUGAUAUUAUCAACUUCCAGACGAAGUCGACACCCUUGGCCUGUCAGGGUCAUAUAUGGGUUUAUGAAGGAUUUGGAUCAGGCAAAAAAUUAAUAGGAAAAUUAUGUGCAGGAAAUUCACCUUCAUUAAAAUCUCGUGGUCCUCUAAUGAUGUUGAUUUUCACAUACAAUGUCAGUUUGGGGUUGGAAGAAUUUUCUUUGAGAUAUUCUUUUCAUUUUCCUGAUUCCGUGAAAGGAAAAAUUAAAGUUAAUGAUCAAGGAUGUCCAGUAUUGGAUUUGAUCUCAGUUAGUUCUACUGAGAUCACAUCUCCCAAUUAUCCUCACAUUUAUCCCAACAUGCUGAACUGCACUUGGAUUUUUUAUUCCGCAUCAGGAAAUAAAAUGAAGGCAGUGAUUAAAGACUUUACAACAGAAGAAUCUUGGAACUGUGAGUGGGAUUAUGUCAGUAUUUAUGAUGGACCAGAUCAGCAAUCAAGAUUACUUGCACAUCUAUGUGGCUCCAAGAAAGAAUUUGUGUUAAUGUCCAGUGGUGCUUACCUGACUAUCAACUUUAAGACUGAUCAGUCCGUGGGAGAAAGAGGUUUUAAACUCACUUUGGAAGACACAGUUCAGAAGCAUUCACAAAAAAGUAAUAUGGGGACCCAAUUGCCUAUUAAUGAGGUAACAGUAGAAACCAGUCCUGGAAAACAGCCAACCCCAGACACCUGUGGAAUUCCUGGUGUUGACCCAUUUCUAAUGGAAGGGUCUAAGAGAAACACAAAUGUGCCGCCAACUAGGCUGGGGGAGCCCAGGGUGGUUGGUGGCCGUGCAGCACCUGCAAAGUCGUGGCCCUGGCUGGUCAGUCUGCAGCACCAAGGACAACAUUUCUGCGGAGGUGCUCUGAUCGCCAAGCAGUGGGUCCUGACCGCAGCGCACUGUAACUUUAGUACCAUCACAGAUGGCCUAGUAAUAGGAAGAAGUUCCCUGUCAAACAUAGGAAAUGGUGAUUUGCUACCAGUAAAAGCCGUAUACACUCACCCUGGCUUCACCCAGUUCCCUCCUACUGAUGAUCUGUCUUUGCUGCGUCUGGAGAACCCUGUUGAACUAGGAGAGUUUGUAUCUCUAAUCUGUUUGCCAGGGAAAUAUGAUAAAAUCAAUUUACUUUCCAAAUGUAUGACUGCUGGAUGGGGAAUAACUGAACCAUAUCAAGACGAAUUUUCUAAAACAAUGCAGCAGGCAGCUGUGCCACUGAUCAGCAGUACAUCUUGUCGAAGUUACUGGGGACUGGAUAUUAAAAACACCAAUAUAUGUGGAGGGGCUGCAGGAUCAUCCUCAUGCAUGGGAGAUUCGGGAGGCCCUCUGCAGUGUGUGCAGGACGGACAAUACAAGCUCAUCGGUAUCGUGAGCUGGGGCAGCAGUAACUGCCAGCCCACUGCACCAACAGUCUUUGCCAGAAUUUCUGCCUACAGGGACUGGAUCACAUCUGUCACUGGAGGAGAAGUGUGAUCACUAAAGAGUAGCAUGGUGGAACUCUGUUCAUAAAUGGGAAAGGAAGUACCUAACAGCAUCUCUGAAAAAUAAGUCUCCGGUCAGUGUUAAAAGACCCAGUGACCCUUCCUCCAACCCUUGUCACAGAGGAGCUUGGAUUUGGUGUGUACAUGCGUUUAAUAUUAAACAUUGAACACAGAAAGAUAAUGUUGAUUCAUGCCUCCUGGGAAUUUAAAAUCUGAAAUGUCAUUAAAUUCGUAUUUAGUAUGCCAUGUAUAUGUCAUUAUUUGAAUACAAUCAUAUACACUUGUACUAUUUUUCUAGUUUGGUAAAAAUUAGAAUAUACAAGCAAAUGUUAUUCAGUCCAUAUAAAUCUUAAUUUCCCUCACACUCAACAGUGCACUGAGCACAGUGAGAUAGGAACGAUCCCUCUAAGUUUCAGAAUUUCAAUGAACAGUGGACAUUUAAGGAAUUAUUUAUCAGGCUUAUCCCUUGAUUUUUAAAUUUUUUAGAUAAAAUGUUAGGAUAUUUCAAUUGUUUACAAAGCAGUUCAUCUGAACCUCAGUUAACCAAUAUGCUCAUCUUUCUAAGUUGUAGGAAGAAUAAGGGAGAAGGAACUAAGGGAAGUCCCUGAGCCAGAAGACUGAAUGAAAUCCACCACAGAAAUAUGUAAUAUAGAAUGAGAGCCUGUAGCAACUUUUUUUUUCUUAUUUUAUAUAUUUCCACCCAAAUUUUAUCAUUUGGUUUCCAAGAUUAUAGCAUUCAGAAACAGAGUAUAGUUCCACUUUAGGGAAGCAUAUAUAUAACCCCAUGAAAGAGCAACUCAUAAGGAGAUAGGCAAUAUAUUUUCUCAUUCUCUCUCUGAUCUUUCUUUCCCUUUCUGUCAUUUCUUUGUCCUCAGCCCACACACUCUUUCAAUCCUUGCUCUCUUUUGCAAAUGCUUCAAAGGGAAAGUAUUAUAAAUAUCCUAGUAUUUGGUAAAAACUUCUUCCAUGAACAUUGUUCUAAACUGCCUGCGUUGAUUUCAGUUAUGCUUUUCGACAGGGUAUCUGAGUAAAAUGGAUGAUGAGAUUUGGAAUGGGGAUUCUCUAGUUCUUCUGUUAAUCUAUUUUGUACGAUUUUUACUUUGUCUCUUGUUGAAUUUCUCUCUCUUUUUUUUUUACCAGAUUACAUUAAAAGGGAUUAAAGAUGGGCUGUAUUAAAGUGUCAGUCCUGGGGCACCUGGGUGGUUCAGUCGGUUAAGCAUCUGACUUUGGCUCAGGUCAUGAUCUUGCAGCUUGUGACUUCGAGCUCUGCAUCAGGCUCUGUGUUGACAGCUCAGAGCCUGCACCCUGCUUUGCAUUCUGUGACUCCCCCUCUCUCUCUGCUCAUUCCCUGCUCGCUCUCUCUCAAGAAAUAAAUAAAUGUUAAAAAAAAUUUAAAGUGUCCUGUCUAAAGCCUUUUUUGCUUCACAGUGAGAUUUGCUAGUGGUUAAUUUUGGUGCUGGCACAAUCUCCAUUGUGACCUCCAGGGUGGUGGUGAUACUUCAGGGCUCUGUCAGCAAAGGAUAUGGGAUUAGCAUUCUAUGUACCACCUCGGGAAGCUGCCUGAUUUUCCUACAAGGGUCAGAAGCUAUGUGGUGCUCUCUUUUCAGCCUCAGUUGGCAAUAAUUUUUAAAUUCUUCCAUAUUUAAUCUUUUCUGUAUUGAAGAGGCCUCUUAGACUGUUGUACUUGCCCUGCCUCUGGCUGAAAGCCAAUUCAAUUGAGGAAGGGCAUACACUUUCUUACUUUGAUCUUCUUUGCAAGAACUCUCCUGUUUACAUUGCAAGGUCAAGCUAUAUGUGUGCCAGAUUGCAAUCAACACUAUGUAAAUUGAUACAGUAGGUAUAUAGCCAAAUUUAAAGAAAUUAGAAACCUAAUCACCUAAUUUUCCAUGUAUGUAUUUAAAAAUAUCAUUU